GCGGCAAUUAAUUGUAGUGCUCUUGGGAUGAAGGCUUGAGCGAGAGAACUCUGCGCAGGUGAGCGGUGGUUUGUGUUCUGUUACCGACACCUUCGCUCUUCUCCUGCGUAAAUAUGGACAUCUUUAGGAACGUGCUGAAUUUUGGGGCUGGACCGGCCAAACUCCCGCCAUCGAUUUUGCUUGAAGCUCAGAAAGAAAUGAUUGACUACAAAGGUCUGGGCAUCAGUGUACUAGAAAUGAGCCAUCGAUCAUCAGAUUUUACAAAGAUUUUGAACACCACAGAAGUCUGCUUACGUGAAUUGUUGGAUAUCCCAGAUAACUACAAAGUGCUUUUUCUCCAAGGAGGUGGGAGUGGACAGUUUAGUGCAGUUCCCCUUAAUCUUAUCGGUUUAAAGGAUUUCAAAAGUGCAGACUAUGUGGUUACUGGAGCUUGGUCUGCAAAGGCAGCGAAAGAGGCAGAGAAGUAUGGAAAAGUAAACCUUGUUCAUCCAAAGCUUGGAAGUUAUACAGAGAUUCCGGAUCCAAGCACCUGGAACCUUAACCCAGAAGCUUCAUAUGUGUAUUACUGUGCUAAUGAAACCGUCCAUGGUGUGGAGUUCCAGCUUGUUCCAGAUGUUAAGGGAGCAGUUCUAGUCUGUGAUAUGUCCUCAAAUUUUCUCUCUAAACCAGUUGAUGUUUCUAAGUUUGGUGUGAUUUUUGCUGGAGCUCAGAAAAACAUAGGCUGUGCUGGGGUGACGGUAGUCAUUGUACGAGAGGAUUUACUGGGUUACGCUCAAAAAGAAUGCCCAACAGUACUUGAUUAUAAAAUCCAAGCAGGAAAUUGUUCCUUAUACAAUACACCACCAUGUUUCAGCAUCUAUAUAAUGGGACUGGUGUUAGAGUGGAUUAAGAAUAAUGGUGGUGCUGCAUCUAUGGAGAAGUUAAGCAUCAUUAAAUCGAAUAUGAUUUACCGCAGUAUUGAUGAAUCCAAUGGAUUAUAUGUAUGCCCUGUAGAAGUAAAGAGUAGAAGCAGAAUGAAUAUUCCUUUCCGAAUCGGAAAUAUUAAUGGGGACAGUGAUUUGGAAAAACAGUUCCUUGCCAGAGCUGCAGAACUUGGGAUGAUGUCUCUAAAAGGCCACAGGUCUGUGGGAGGCAUAAGGGCUUCUCUGUACAAUGCUGUUACCGUGGAAGAUGUGCAAAAGCUUGUAGACUUUAUGAAAUCCUUCCAGGAAUUGCACCAGUAAUGGGAUCAAGCAGUAUUGGUUCAAGCUUCACCAUCAUGAUGGCUGUAAUAAAAUGGCACUUACUAAUAAGCUGGUCAUAGUUUAUACAGUAUUGUUUGUAAUUUUGGCUCUCUUUUGUAAUGAAUUGGGGAGGGGGCUGUAAAUUUAUAUUCCCCCAUCUAUUUUACACAAAAAGGUAGUUAAAAAGCUAAAGUAACUGUAAAGCUUAAAUGCUUUUCCAUUUGUGAUGGGGGGGGGGAGGGGUAAAGUUUCAAUAACUGAACAAAAGAACCUCCCUGCUCUGCAGUGGAUUUGGACUGAUAGAACAGAGUCUGCUGUUCUUAUUAUUUCUUACAUUCCCUGCAACAAUGUUUUGUUCUAAUGGUGAUUACUCAGUGCUAAAAAAGCAAUGAGUUGGUACCUACUACUUUGGUUAAUAGGAACAAAGCCUGGAAGCACUUGUACAAAUGUUAAAACGUAUGCUUUGGUCUAUAGCAGUGUAGUGCUGCUACAAAAUCCGCAAUACUCUAACUCCAACUUUUACACAGUUGUUGGUGUUGUUUUUUUUUUUUUUUAAUACAUUAAGGCAAUGUAAUGCAUUCCAUUAAAGUUAAACAUAGGGGUUGUUUAGAAACACUGGGCAGUUACCCAUGGCAACCAUUUGGUUGGUUUCUAUGUGUUUAACUUGCAUCUGGUUGGAAAAAACAAAUCACUGAUUGGUUGCUAUGAGGUACUGCCCAGCUGCAAAGUUUCCCAGUGUUUAUAAAUGAGCCACCUAAAGUGCAAUUUCAUCCAAAUGUUAAUUCAAUAAUUAGAAUGGCUGGUUUGGAAAGAAACUAAUGAUAAAGACUGUUUACUAGGAAGCAGACCUACAAGAAUUCCUAUCCGUGACAUUUUAAUUUUCAAUAUUACAUUUUAGUGUAGUAUGUUUAUAUUAUUUGCCUCCUGUUCAUUGACCUGUGGAGGCAGUAUAAAAAUGUAUUAUAUUAAAAGACUUGGCGUGGCUUUUAAUCUGUUCUGACAGAUCUGAUUCUGUUAACCUGAAGACAGAUCUCUACAGAUGUAGGUGGGUCAGAAGCCCAGAGUUAGGUUUUAUAAUUAUUAUUUUGAAUCUAGCUUUUCCUGUAUGUGACUAGAAGUAAUCAGAAGGUCAUCUUCAUUUUUCUGUUUUUCCUACAUGUGCAAAAUAAAAAGUGAUGCAGAGUC